AUGGGUUCUUGGGAAGAGUUUUAUGCAACUCAUCUUCCACCUGCAGACUUCGAGGAUAACAGACAAUUGCUGAAACAAUUUUGUGAAAAUCAUUUGAAAGAUCAAAGUCAAAACAUUGUUCUUGUAACAUCAGGUGGAACGAUUGCGCCCUUGGAACAUAAUACCGUAAGAUUUGUGGAUAAUUUCAGCGCUGGAUCGAGAGGUUCAGCAUCGGCUGAAUAUUUUCUUGAACGAGGAUAUGCUGUCAUUUUCAUGUUUCGGACUAAAUCGCUUGAACCUUUCACAAGACACUUUAGUGGCCAACAAUUUCUCGAUAUGCUGGACAUAAUCGAGAACGGAGAAAAUUCAUCGAUAAGUGUGAAACCCGAUUCCGUUGAUGUGUUAUUCCCAAUAUUGCAAAAAUAUAAACAAGCUCAGGAGACCAAUCGGCUCUUGUACGUUAAUUUCACAAGUGUCAGUGAUUAUCUGUGGCUGCUUCGAGCUGCUUGUGAAUGUUUAGCACCGUUUGAAAAACGAGCUCUCUUGUACCUUGCCGCAGCUGUUAGUGAUUUUUAUGUUCCUGAAGAAGAUAUGCCUAAACAUAAAAUCCAAUCAACGGGUGCGCCUAAAAUCUCUCUUGAUUUGGUUCCUAAAAUUUUAAAGCCGCUUGUUUCAUCAUGGGUUCCCCAAGCUUUUGUCAUAAGUUUUAAACUUGAAACAGACGAUUCUCUUCUCAUUCAAAAGUCAAGAGAAGCUUUGAUAAAAUAUAAUCAUAAACUCGUCAUUGCAAACAUUCUUCAUACACGAAGAUAUCGUGUCGUUAUGGUAUCGCCAACAACUGAACAAGAAAUAGUUUUAUCAAAAGAACAAGUUCACAGUGGAUUAGAGAUUGAAGAGCCGAUUGUUAAUGAAAUUGUAAAACGACACGAGCAAUUUCAAAAGCCAGACCAAUGAUAAAAGUUUUUACCUUUUGAGUCAUUGGGAAUUGUUGAUGAAUUCAGGAAGCAGAUAUGUUGUUAUUUAAUCAAUAAUUUAACAUUUACCAUCAUGAAAAUAUAGCUUCGAUAACAACAUACAUUUUUCAAUAAUUUCCCUUUCAUUUGUUAUUCUGUAAGGAGUAUUGCAAAUUAUGUAUAACUACAACUAAAGAGAUUUAAAUAAUUUAUCAAUGAUUGAUUAUCUUUUUUCUUUUGACUGUUCCGAAGAAUGCUUUUUGUUAUUAUGUUUAUUUUUAGACGUUUCGAUUGAUACAAAAAAGCUCA